UGCUACUGUCACUUCUGCCGCUGCCGCCGUUGUUACAGAUUUUGCUUUUGCUCCUUCUACCGCAUGACAAUUGUUUUCCUCGUCUAAGCAGAUACCAGCCUCAGAUGCUCAAGUAAUGGACUGUGAUAGAGUUAAGGCCUUUUGGAGGUGAGCUGUUUGAGAGCUGAUACUUAAACAUGUCUGAAGUAGCUGCCGACACUUUCCCCAGCCCCUCAGCUCAGCUGAGCCCUGAUGCGUCCCUCAACGGGCUCCCGGCUGAGGAGAACAUGCCGGGGACCCAAAGAGAGGACAGGAGGGUCCAGGGAAUAGCAGGCCUUGCCGCGACCUGCUGUGUGUGCCUGGAGGCAGAGCGACUGAAGGGCUGCCUCAACUCUGAAAAGAUCUGCAUCGCCCCUAUCCUGGCUUGCCUGCUCAGCCUUUGCCUCUGCAUUGCUGGCCUCAAGUGGGUCUUUGUGGACAAGAUUUUUGAGUAUGACUCUCCUACCCACCUUGACCCUGGGAGGAUAGGACAAGACCCAAAGAGCGCUGUGGAUCCUACAGCUCUGUCUGCCUGGGUGCCUUCGGAGGUGUAUGCCUCACCCUUCCCCGUACCUAGCCCCAAGAGCAAGGCUGAAGUGACAGUGCAAAAUGACAGCUCGUUUGUGCCCUCCAAACCGUUCCUCCAGCCUUCUCUGUAUAACCGCAUCCUAGAUGUUGGGUUGUUGUCCUCUGCCGCACCUUCGCUGUCACCACCCGCCCUGGAGCCUACCACAACGUCUCAGGCGCAAGCAACAGAAACCAAUCUCCAAACUGCUCCAAAACUUUCUACUUCUACAUCUACAACUGGGACAAGUCAUCUCACAAAAUGUGACAUAAAGCAGAAAGCCUUCUGUGUAAACGGGGGAGAGUGCUACAUGGUUAAAGACCUCCCGAACCCUCCAAGAUACCUGUGCAGGUGCCCAAAUGAAUUUACUGGUGAUCGCUGCCAAAACUACGUAAUGGCCAGCUUCUACAAGCACCUUGGGAUUGAAUUUAUGGAAGCUGAGGAACUGUACCAGAAACGGGUGCUGACCAUAACUGGCAUUUGCAUUGCUCUUCUAGUAGUUGGCAUCAUGUGUGUGGUGGCCUACUGCAAAACCAAGAAGCAGAGGAAAAAGUUGCACGACCGCCUUCGGCAGAGCCUGCGCUCCGAAAGGAACAAUGUGACGAGCAUGGCCAAUGGGCCGCACCGCCCCAACCCUCCACCGGAUAAUGUCCAGCUAGUGAACCAGUACGUUUCAAAAAAUGUUAUCUCCAGUGAGCAAGUCAUCGAGCGAGAAACAGAGACCUCAUUUUCUACAAGCCACUACACCUCAACAACACAUCACUCCGUGACAGUCACCCAGACAUCCAGCCACAGCUGGAGCAAUGGCCACACUGAAAGCAUCCUCUCUGAAAGCCACUCUGUGCUCGUCAGCUCAUCCAUGGAGAACAGUAGGCAUGCCAGCCCAUCAGGACCCCGGGGCCGCCUCAGUGGCAUUGGUGGGCCACGGGAAGGAAACAGCUUCCUCCGGCAUGCAAGAGAGACCCCUGACUCCUACCGAGACUCUCCUCACAGUGAAAGGUAUGUCUCAGCUAUGACAACACCAGCUCGCAUGUCACCCAUCGAAUUCCACACUCCAACUUCUCCCAAGUCACGCCCCUCCAAAAUGUCACCACCGGCUUCCAGCUUGACCGUCUCCAUCCCUUCAGUGGCAGUGAGUCCCUUCAUAGAAGAGGAGCGACCACUGCUCCUGGUGACCCCACUGCAGCUACAUGAGAAGUAUGACCAACACCUUCAGCAAUUCAACUCCUUCCACCACAAUGCUGCUCAUGAGAGCAACAGCCUGCCACCAAGUCCUCUGCAGAUAGUGGAAGAUGAGGAAUAUGAGACCACACAGGAGUAUGAACCAGCACAGGAGCCUCCAAAGAAACUCACCAACAGCCGAAGGAUCAAAAGAACAAAGCCAAAUGGCCACAUUUCCAGCAGGGUGGAAGCAGACUCCGACACAAGCUCUGACAGCAGCAGCUCCGAGACUGAAACCGAAGAUGAAAGAAUAGGUGAGGAUACACCGUUCCUGAGCAUACCGAACGCCGUGGCGACCAGUCUGGAGCCGACUGCUGCCUACCGGAUGGCUGAAAGCAGGACUAACCCGGCGAACCGCUUCUCCACACCGGAAGAGUUGCAAACAAGGUUGUCCAGUGUGAUAGCUAACCAAGACCCUAUUGCUGUAUAAAACAUAAACCACAUAGAUUCACAUGUAAAACUUUAUUUUAUAUAAUGAAGUAUUCCACCUUUAAAUUAAACAAUUUAUUUUAUUUUAGCAAUUCCGCUGAUAAAAAAACAGGAGAGGGAAAAAAACUUUUAUAAAUUAAAUAUACCUAUGUACAAAUGUGUUAUGUGCCAUAUGUAGCAAUUUUUUACAGUAUUUCAAAAAUGGGGAAGAUAUCAAUGGUGCCUUUAUGUUAUGUUACGUUAAGAGCAAGUUUUGUACAGUUACAAUGACGGCUGUCCCAUAGUAUUUUGCAAAACCUUCUAGCCCUCAGUUGUUCUGGCUUUUUUGUGCACUGCAUUAUAAUGACUGGAUGUAUGAUUUGCAAGAGUCGCAGCAGUCCCUCUGGUUGCUUGCUGUAGAAUCCCCAGAUCAAAAAGCCCUGUGAUGGCACUACCACCUUACCCACCCCACCAGAAAAACACACACAUGCGGGAGAAAAAAAGAAAAGAAAAAAAAAAAACCAAAACAAAAAGAAAAAAAAAAACAGCAAAAAAAAAAAAAGCUGAGAAAAAUAACAAAAAAAAUAUUUUCUUCUAUAAGGAGUUUUAUUUGCUUUCUGUAUAUGAGAUGAGUUUUGUCUGCUCUCUGCCAGCCAAAAGGUUUGCUUCUUUGAGCACUGGAAUAAUAGUAGAUCCAACAGCAUGCUACUAUUAAUUACAGCAGGAUAACAAAAAAAAAAAAAAAAAGCGCCAACCUGCAUUAAAUAAUGUUACUUAUAGAAAGAAAGUAAUACUGUGAUUUUAAACCAAAUAUAUUAUUAAUCAGAGGUCAGCUUGUAAUCACUAGGAGCUGCCAUUUCAUUAUUUUCCAGAUAUUAAUUGUUCUAGUUAUCCCUUAGAAAACGGGCUUAGGUUAGCUGAGGCUUUGAACCCAGUACUCUAUUAAAAAAAAAAAAAAAGGAAAAAAAAGAAAAAGAAAAAAAGAAAAUAUAUUAGUUUAAGUUAAUGGGGCAAAUAUAAUAGCAGUUAUCUGUAACCAAGCAAGGAAGAGAUUUAGCUGGAAAACAAAUGCCACUAAUAAAAGUGCAAUCAGUUUUCACCUCUUUUUUUAAUGUUGAUUUCUAAUAGGAGAUUUAUCUUUUUAUUUCCCCUUAAUUAUCUCUCCUUUCUUCUCAGAUUAAGCCCUGACAAGCUUCUAGCAAUACCUUGUUAGAGUUUCUGCUGGAGUAAGGGUUACUUUUGGACAGAGAAAUGACUUUCAGGGAAGAAACGAUUUGCUGAAUAGUAAAGGGUACAGGCAAGUAGGAGGGACAUAGCAGAAGCAUGAACUUAAUUUCUACUUGCCUUUAUUGUCUCCAUUAUUUGGGAUGAGAGAGGCAAGGCUGAUGGAAAGCCUGUUUAUGAAGGCAAACACACUAUGUAGGUUACAGCUGCAGUCUGCGUGGCUAUUUCAUGUAAGUGUCUACAUAGCCAGUGAUGGUCUUGAAGUCUUUGACUAGUAAUGAACAAAGAUGCUGUCAGUGCUGGAGUGGCUGCAUUUGUUCAGAAGCAAAUGGCCUCUUUUGCAGUGAAUUCCUAUCAGUUUAGUCAGGGUCACUCUGCCUCCUGUCUUCUUUUGAUUUUUGUUGUAUGUUCAGUUGGCACAGCAUAGACUCAGGACUGAUGUGGAAAACAAAUGUUUUUCCUAGACUCCGGGGAUUCUGAAAAUGAGAACAUAUGUUUUACAGGUAUUACUGGACUCUAAAUAAGAGCCAUGUCAAGAGAAAAGGAAUUUCAGCCAAACUACACUCAUCCUUUGGGCCACAUCCUGGUCCCAGUUAAAUGAAGAGAAAUAAGUCAAGAAAAUUUUGUGAGAUGUAAACCUGAGGAAUUAAAGUCCCGACUCAGUAAAUUGUUCGAGCAUAUGCUUAUGCUAAUCCCAGCAAAAGUUUAUUCAGCAUGUGUUAGACUCCCGUUGAUGUAUCCAGUGCAUGCAUAAAGUUAAGCAUGCGCUUAAGAGGUUUGCUUAACAAGGUGACCUACUGAUUUGAGACCUAGAAGCAAAGUCAAGUAAAUGGAGCUGUUUAUCAGGAUGAUGAAAAUCAGUGAGUCCCUCACUGUAUGAGUAAACCACAUUACAUUAGUAAUGGGUGAGUCUGUCUGACCAUCUGAUUCAGCAGAAAGAGAACAAAAAACCCUUGGUAUAGGAAGAACAUAAUGACAAAGUUGUACACUAAGGUGUUGGUGAUAAAAGCAAAAGGCUGGGAAACUAGCAUAGCCUUGGCUACAUGGUGGCUGAAAUACCACAACCUCUUAUUUGAGAAGUCUAUGGGAGAUGGUGAAGUUUAUCGAAUACAUACAGUUUGGAUUUAAGUCCCCUUUGUAAUUCUUUUCCCUAGCUGGCAUGUACUUAAACACACUUUGCCUUUGCAGACAAAAGCUCUCCAUGAAUUCUAGAUACCACACAGUCAUUUUCAUCCCUUUAGUCAUGGCUAUCUUCAAUUCCAUGCAGCAGAACAUCCACCUCCCCAGCAAUUUAGUAGUACAGAGGGCCAGGUGGGCUUUCCUGAUGCAGACAAGUUUUCAAAGGCUUUGCACUGUUGAGUUUCCAGAGACACACUUGAAAAUCUGUCCUUUAUGUAAGGUCUCUGACACUGCAAUGAUCUUACAGGACAGACAAGACAGGAAAAAGAUGGUGGAGGAACAAGAGAUUUGCCCCAAAAUCACCCAUUUUAGUGGCAGAACACAGUUUAUAACACAGGUCUUUUCCAAUUUUCUCCAGUAUAGAUAACCCAUAAGGCCAGCUCUCAUUAAAGUGUCUGUGAUAGCCCAGACAGAUUAAUCAGGAUGGAAAGGGAACUUGUCUUGAAAUGGAGUAAAUUAUUUGACUACUAACACCAUUAUUAUGGAGGGCCAGUAUAAAAUGAAGGAGCAAUUGUAUGCUUGGGAGUUGUACAUGUGAGAUUUAUUCAUUGUAGGUCUAGAGAAAAAUGUUACACCUCUUGUGUGUUGCAGUGCCUCAAAGUCAAAAUGGCAUGCAGCCAUUGCUCCUUCUCCCCAGUACAUAUAGUAGUGUGUUAUCAGAUACCAGAUAAGCAUGAAAUUAGGCUGGGGACUUCACAUGGACCUAAGAACAAGAAAAUACAAUUGGGGAUAUGGCUGCCUAAGCCCUUAGGUCUUUGGGGAGAGCCCAGCCUUACAGCACAAUUCAUGCAACAGCGAAUUAUGGGAGUUGCCCUGGCCUGGCACUCACAGAAGUAGAAGCAGGAUGCUGCCCCUCACCUCUGGACUUCUUUUAGCAUACUGUGAGGGUGCUCUGUGUCAGUCAAGUCCACAUCCCAGAGUUAGCGAGUCUACAUGGCCAGAGGUUCAGCUGACAGGCUGCAGUCAGCUCCUGCUUGACAAGCAGCUGGAAGAUGCAGCAGCAUGAAACAGAGCCAGCAAGUGCCUACAGGAAGGGCCAGCUCCCCUUUUGGGGGUAUUUGCUUCAUUACCCAGACCUCUGAGCUAGGCAGUCCCAACACCCACCCCUGAGCAAUUACCCCUGUGUAACCCUUGCCAACUUCUGGCUGAAAGUCACGGCAAGGAGAUAUUUUGAAGGAGACAUUGAAGAGCGGGGAAAAUAUUCCAGUGGCGGUAGAGUUGUUCAGAUUGCCCUGAUUUCUUUUCAUUUAACUUGAGCUGUGAGUUUUUCUUGCUUAUGUGUUUAUAUGCAAGAAUUAUUCCAGAAUAAAAGGUUUCUUUCAGGGUGUAUAGCUGGAAUAUGUUGUGCACUACCUGGUACAGCCUGCCUAUUCCACUGGUGCAAAUCAUCACAGCUCCUCAGAGGUUCUCAUGUAACCAAGAAAAAAAUACUCCCUCCUCUUGGCCCAGCUAUUCCCUUCUCACUUGAGCCAUCCCCAAGACCCCACAGAUUUAAGAGAUCAAUCAAUCACUGCCUUUAUCAGGGAAGCAGGAAAGCUCCUUCUCUUUCCAGUCCUCCAAAACAACAACACUGCAUCUCCCUGCUUCUCACACACAUUGCAAGAAGUUCCUGAGCAUCCAGGAUAGUAAAUUUUUGUCUCCUCUAAGGACACACUUCUUAGCCUGUUGAGUACUUCCUGGCCCUGCAGUGUGGCUACUUAACAUCAGCUGGGACUUACUUCUAGUAAGAAACAAAAAAGCACCUAUGAAAUGCUGCAGAGAAGGGCAGACAAAGAACAUGGCCAAUUAUCAUCAUUUGUAAUUCUCUACCCUAUUGUAAAUACAUCUUGUACAUAUUUGGAUGUUUUCAUCACUUACUGUCUUUAUGAAUGGUGUGUUAAAUGAGACUUAGUUUAUUGUGUAACACUGUAAAUAACAUAACGUGCUUUAUUAUUUAUGCAUAGGCAUCUAACACGCAGAGAAAGUUAUCCUCAUAUUAUUUUAAGAUAUAUGUCAAAACUAUGUUGCAUUUUUCUUUUUGCUUUGAAAAAAAAAUUGUAAUAUAUCCUCUUUUUCCCCUCUUUUCCUUUAAAAGAAAAAUGAAUGCUAAUUUAUUGUUCAGGAGAGAAAGGGGAUGUAACUGAAAGGCAAACUGUUCAAAGAACAUGCUAUGGAAGCCACAAGCUACUGAUAAACUAAAGAAUUUAUUAUCCCAAAUACAGCAAUAAGUAAUUGUUGAUUUAUUAAGGUUUUGUUAUUCAUUUUCAGUAAAAGAGGUGCUGGAUGAAAUUGUUUAUGUGUUCUACUGGCCCAGCUGCUCAGCAGGCUGAGUCAGGUCACUAGCCACCA